CAAGAUGGCAGUAUUUCAUCGGCGACGUAUGUUGACAAUGCUUACAAUCGGUCAUUAGGUCGGGUAGGGAUGCCGAGGGGGAGCAUGCCGAUUUCGAACAGAUGUGGCAGAAGCUAUGGCUAUUCUGACAUUCCAAUACGGUUUUCAACCCUUACACCGAAUGAUGAUGAUGAUUCUGGUAGUAGAUCAACUUCGGUCACCAUAAGUGAGUCAGCUGCAUCUUCGUCUAAGACAUAUGUUGACAAUGCCUACAACAGGAGUGUUGGGCAGGUUGGGAUCCAGGCCAGUUCAACAGCUAGUGGCUUGCCAGCCUUUGGUUCUGCUGGUCUCACUAACAGGUCGGGAGCCAGUGCACCUUUGUCAUUCACCCCAAGCAACAUCUCAACGCCUGUUGCCCAGCCUGGCCCACCCAGCACCAACACAUCUCAGGGUACCGGUCCGGCUACUUUGAUAAUCUUUUCAUCAACCUCGGCUGGGAUUACUGGUUCUUCUGCAUCGUUUACUUCUACACAGCCAGCCACUACAUCGUCAUUUGGGACUUUUGCAGCCCGUUUGAAUAAUGAAGGUGGAAAAGCCGGUGCUGGCGCUAAUAGUUUUAGUUUCAUGCCAACAGCUCCUGCAGGGACUUCUGUAGGAUUUGGAGUCAAAACAGCUACUGGAGAUGCAACCCUUGAUGCACCCAGAUCCCCCACAGAGGCCCCUCCUCCUCGCUACCCCUCGGGCGGGGCCUCCGCCCAAUCUCCCCGGUACUCCCCAACCCCGGGGCAGACUGACCUGACCCCUGGGGCAGCAGACCUGACCCCCGGGACAGCUGACCUGACCCUCACAGCAGCAGACCUUACCCCUGGGGCAGCAGACCUGACCCCCGGGGCAGCAGACCUGACCCCCGGGCCAGCAGACCUUACCCCUGGGGCAGCAGACCUGACCCCCGGGGCAGCAGACCUGACCCCCGGGCCAGCAGACCAGGCGGAGAUACAGUUCUCACAGAGCAUCAGGGAGGAGAUCAAUCACUUUGAGCGUGAAAUGGGUGAGUUACGUGCGCGGGCUGCAGGUGUUGACAUGCGCGUAGGCUCUCGUGAGGAGAUGACGCAGCUACUGGCUCACACCCAGGACAUGCAGGCGUUCUCUGACGAGAUCAGGAAGACAGUACAGGACCAGAAUCAAAAGGUGCAGGGAGAGAGGAUGCUAUGCUUGGACCUGUUCUCGCAAGUGGAGGAAUGCCGGCGCCGAUGGAAACUCAACACAGACCCCAAAUACCUGCACCUGCUCAAGACGUGCGCUCUGGACCCCGGCGGUGCUGAAAGGCUCAAGCAUCUCCAGCAGCAGUACCAGCUGCUGGAUCAGAUCCUGAGCCGCCUGAGGGAUGUGGACCUAAUACUGGAUACACAGUGGGAGGAAUACCAGAACAGGAAGACAAACAAGAUGGCCAUGCCAACCAAUGAUGCACUGUACCGCGUCGUCAAGAGCAACCACAGCCUGAUCACGGCCCAUAAGGGGAAGCUGCGCCAGCUGGAGGAGAGACUGAAGCAGCUGAAACUGUACAACCAGACGUCCACCUGGAGUAACACCAGCAUCACCACCAGUCACGAUGUCAGUGAGUUUUCUAACUUGGCUGAUACUCUCCUGUCGGGGAGUCCAAUAAAGUCCAGCUCGAGUCACUCUUCUGUGAAGGAGGAAAGGAAAAUGAGCAGGACCAAGAUGGAACGACUCAGGGACCACCUGAUGUCACGCAAUGGGCCAACUGUACGAUCAACUAAACCAGGCCACCGGUCCGUGUUGACCAUCCCUGACCACCAGCUAGUGACAGCCAGAUCUACCACUGACCGGGAAAACGGGGCCAUGUAUGGGAACACGCCCCAGAGGGGCGCAGGCGAAUUUGUGAAAUGGGGAGAACGUGAUGUGGAUCGAAUGGCCCAGCCUAACCAUCAGAAGGACAAGUCGUCCAAAUCUCAGCCCGGGAACCAGCCUGUGUCCAACAAAGUUGGGGGCCUGAAGGGCUUCUCCCAAGGCAUCAUAGACAAGGGUGAGAAGAUGAUGGAGAAGGGCCAGCAGCUUAUCAUGUCUAGGGAUCCCGCUAGUACCAAACCAGGUUCAAUGUGAAAAUGCCUCCCUAUAGACAUGCACUGCCUGGGGUAUGGGUCCCACAUAAGACAGGCAUGGAGAGAUGCAUACAGGGCGUAUGAUAGACUGGAGACUGCACGGUUGCCUGGAACACCAUUGAUAACUACGGGUAGUAAAGCAGAGGGACUGACACGCUUGUAUGAAAGUGACUGGGAUCGCCUUUAUGUAGUAAGAGGCAUCAUUUGUUUAUAAGGUGGUGUUAAUUCUGACAGAUUACCAAGGGAGACAGUUGUGUUUACAUUAAAUACCGACAUAUGCUACUACGGACAUUGUAGGCUUCAUUUACUAGAGCGACAUGGUACAAUGAUUCCAACAUUAAUUCGGGAUGCUCUGUGUUAUGAUGGAAAUGGGCAUGUUCUCCUGAGUAGUGCUUUAUAUUUUGAUAACUACAAUAAGGUGGAAUUAACGCAAGGCCAAGUGCGUCACGAACGUGCAGGACCAUCAAGGCAGAGUUCAAUUGAGGCAUUGCAUACUGACAUGGUCGUUUCUUUACGCUGUCACUGUCCUGGCAUACUAUUGAGAUGGACAGAACGUAGUCGCCAUUGGCAACCACCGGAUAUCGUUCACAUAGUUGAAAGAAUGGGAUCAUUUGUGACACCUGUUGGUUUUAAGGGUAGUGAAAAUCAACAUGUAGAAUGAAGGAUUUGCUUUUAUACUGGGGAGAAUGAACUCUUGAGCUGUCUUAAUAACACUCAGGUGUACGUUUAUGUUAUAUUGAAAAUGGUGGUUAAGGAUGUGUUAAAGCCAGUAAAGAAGGAAAUUUCAUCAUACACAGUAAAAACAUUGUAUUGUGGCUUUCGGAGAGCAAUCCACAGGUACGGUUUAAUGAAAGUAGUUUUUUUAUUGGCUUCGGGAAGGACUGGGGCAACUAAAAACGGCAAUAAUAAAGACCCAUCUGCCAUAUUAUAUAAUACCAGAAAGGAAUCUGAUGGAAGCUUGCGGACUCGAUGCAGAGCAAAAGCGUAACAGGGUUGAUGAACGAAGGUGAAACGAUAUAAAUUAGAUUGCCGAAGAUAAGGAAGGCAAUAGUAUCGCACCCAGAGCCACUGAUGUGGUAUGGCAAGAAAAUAUUGGAACCUGAACGUCUGUUGCUUAAGGGCAUGAACAGAAGGUUGUAUUGCUCAGAUAAAAAUCGUGUGGAAAAUGAGUUGGAUCCUAUGUCGCAGGCGCUACAGAGAUGUGUAACGGAGAUUUCGAUAGAGAUCGGCCAGAGAAUGAAUUGGGAAGGAAGUCGGAUUGUUGAUCGGAAGGAGAUAUAUACCAUGAUGUUGAUGUAAUGUCCUUAUUAUGCAAUAAUCGCCGAAAAUGAA